AUGCAAGAAUUAUACCCCGCAAACCCAAACCCUCGAAGAUACAAAAUCUGCCUGAUGUUUGACAUGAGAUUUGGUGGUCCAUUUGUAUGCUUUCUAUGGCUGGUGUUGAACAUGUAUGUUACCGUCUUGUCCUUCCAGAGAAGAAGUCCCAUUUAUUCAUACCUCAAUAGCUCUGCCCUGGUUGUGCAAGGCGUGAUAUGUCUGCUGUUCUUUAUAUCAGCGUUGAUUUCCCUGUAUUCUUUUGCAUUGAACACGCCUCGGCAAUUGAAGAUAUCGCAUCGUUUGACAUGGACCAUCGUUAUCAUCUUCUUGGUCAGUUAUUUCGUCAACAUGAUCCUAUUUGGUGUUCAAAAACCACAAUUUGAUCAGUGGUGUAUCAACAAAUCGAGACAAGACACCAGCAAGUAUCUAUUCUCAACACCUCCCAAUAACAGCACACUGCUACCCAACUCACAGCUUGAGUUUACAUCAAGAGGAAAUGGACUGAGCCUUUACAAUUGCGCUCGAUUAUGGGAAGAUGAGGUCAAGUUUUCUGCGGUAGUGUUUGUUAUUCUAUUUUCUGUCUAUAUCCAUUUUGCCAUGUGUUUUUGGAGAUAUACUCAAGUUCGUAUGCGCGAAAUGGAAGCAUUUGCGUUUGAGAUGGCUAAUAGCAUGAUGCAAAACAACAACAUGAUGAAUAACAACAUGAUGAUGUCAAACGCCAAUCCAAACAUGAUGAUGAAUUUGGCACCAAACAAGGGUAGAUCCGUGCCUACAAUGCAGCAUGUAGAAAAGGAGAAUAACCAGAAAAGCCUUGCUCAAUUGACCAGAGCUGCUUUUGGUAGAUUGCGAUGA